AUGUCUGCUGUUUCGAAGAGUUACGACAACAAAGGCGAUCCAAUCAUUGCUUAUUGCACAGAUGUAAGCGGUUUCCAGAUUUUCGCGGAAUGAUAUUGAAGGAGAUUUCUUAGCGAACCUUACUCAUUUUUGUUCUAGCGCACUACCAAGCAGCAUGCCCUCCAGAAAGAGCUCACGGAGGCUACUCUCAAAAAUGCUCCAAUGUCCAUGAUGCUAGGAGCUCCCGAAGUAUUAACCAAAAGUCGAUUAAAAAAAACAGGGUCCGUUUAGGUUCUGACUUUCGGGGAAAACUUCCUGCACUUGAUCGGUGCCAAACGCGUUCUGGACAUUGGCACUUACACUGGAGCUUCUGCUUUGGCGUGGGCUCUAGCUCUUCCGGACGAUGGAGAGGUGUUUUUUUUUGUGUCCGCGUUAUGAUUUUAGCAUUUUCAGGUCUUCACUUUCGACAUUUCGCAUGAAAACUACAAGAAAUACGGUGUCUCAGUUAUUUCCAAAUGCGAGAAAACGUUCAAAAAGAUCAAGGCAAUUGAAGGACCAGCUGUCGAGGAGCUUGGUGAGGGUUUCUAAAAGAACAUCGAAAUUCGAUGAGUUUGAUAUUAUCUUCUUAGACCGCUUCAAGUUCUAAAAAAAAAAAUAAGAAUGACUACAUAAUACAGACUGAAACAGAACAAAAAAAUUGUCGCUAUCCAUAAUUUUUUUGUUUCUGUAUUUUUUUCAAUAAAAAAAUGGGUAUGAAACUGUUUCAUUCAAAAAAAUAACAUCAGAUAGAAUUUAUUUAAUAAUAAUAAUUUGUUCACCCACAAGGUGAUAAUAAUAAGGUUUAGAACCCGUGUGAGGUCAUACUCACGGGUAACUUUACCGGAUUGGGUAUACAAUAGAUAAUCUCAGUAGAUAAAAGUAUACGUAUAAGCAUAAUGAGAUUUUUUUUGAGAUUAUUUAUAGUAGCCUUCUAGGGAUGCUGACAAACAAUUCAAGAACUUUCAGCUUCUGUUUUUCAGAGCAUGUUAUCGAACACGAAGACCAUAAUUUUUGUGAAAUUUCAAAUACAUAUUUUUCAUACUUUCAAAUAACUAGCCAGGAUGUCAUAAAAUUGCAGAGAAACUUGUUGCGAAUGGUCAAGCUGGAACGUUCGAUUUUGCUUUCAUUGAUGCCGAUAAGGUUUGUGAAGCUGGCCCGAGUAAAAUCACGAUUUGUCUUUCAGAGCAAUUACAGCAAAUAUUAUGAUCUCGCCUUGCAACUACUGCGUAGCGGUGGAGUUAUUUUCGUCGACAAUGUAACUUUCUCGCUUUUUUUUGAAUUCUUUUAUACUUUUCAGUCACUUUGGAGCGGCAGCGUCACUGUGCCUGCUAAGCGUUCUGACGAAUCAACCGGGGCUAUCCAUGCUUUGAACGAUAAGGUGACUUUUUUUUACAAUCUAUACACCGUUAUCUCGAUACAACAGCUUUUGAUUUUACUCAAAACUUUUAUUGCAUCAUUUUCUUUGAUGUUUUAAAAAAACUUUUCUUUCUUCGUUUCAAGUUAGCAGUGGAUUAGAAAAAUUUUCUGGAUCACAAUUGGUGAUUUUUCUCAAGAUCUUCGCCGACGACCGCACGAGAUCUGCCCUUCUGAACUUUGGCGAUGGUCUUCACAUUGCUUUCAAAAAAUAA